AUGUGCUUUGAAGCACUUGAUCGGACGCUUAGGGAUCUUAUGUCAUUUAUCGAUCAAUAUAAGACACAUCAACCAUUUGGUGGUAAGGUUGUCGUUCUAGGAGGUGAUUUCAGACAGAUACUUCCGAUGAUUUCGAAAGGGAGUAGACACAAUAUAUUGUCAUCAGCUAUUAACUCAUUCCAUCAGUGGUCGUUCUGUAAGGUUCUGAAUCUGCAUACGAAUAUGAGGCUUCUAAUGUCUUCUUCAUAUCAACAUGAUAGUGAAAUAAAGAGAUUUGUUAAUUGGAUACUUGAUAUUGGAAAUAGAAAUAUUGGUUCUGCUGUUGGUGAUGAGUCAGAAGUUGAAAUUCCAGAUUAUCGGCUGAUUACAACUGCUGAUAAACCUCUCUCUCAUUUGAUAGACUUUGCAUAUCUAGAUUUGUUGCAAAAUAUGUCAGAUUGUAGGUAUUUCUAG